CAAGAGGACCAAAGACACCAAUGACACGUUGUUUUUCUGUCCACUAGGGGGCUGCUUGUAGAAGGCUGGGGAAAAAAAGCUUAAAAAUAUGCUGCUGAAAUUUCAGUAAGAGGGGAAAAGAGAGAGCUUGCGAAAGACAGCAGAACGGUCCCAGGCUUCCUCAUCUCCGUUCACGUCAGAGGCAGGAACCGACCGACUGUGCUAAGGCUGUUGGCUCAACACGCAGAGACAGAGCCGGAGGAGCCUCAGACUGGGAAAGAAGAGGUGGUCCUCCCUGACCCAAGGAAUUACCACUAGUGGAGUAAAGCCAUCUGACUUUUUGAUCUUAUUUGGUUGCCUCUUCUCUCCUUCCACCGGUAGACCUACCAGCUGGGUUUCGUUUCUUUCCUGUAGCCUUCUCUCCCUCUCAGAAAAAGAGGAAGGGAAGAGAAGGAGAGAGGUGGGCGCUCUAGGUGAGCGCAUCAGCUGGCUCCAGCCCGAACAGACAAGAAUUCUCUGCCCAGGAAGCUCCUUUCGCUCUCCGGCUACCCAGCCCCCCUCAGCGCCCCCAACCUGGGCGUCUGUAUCAACUCCCUGUUCAGAGGACUGAUCUCUUCAGGAGUUAGAAUCAAAGAGCACACGGUCAAGAGAAAACAUCAGAGAGGGCGACAUCACGAAGAUUCCGCUAACUCCAUGCUGGCCACCACAGGGAGCUCUUGAACCAAGCUCUGGCUGAGAAGAUGGGGAUCGACGGGGAAACAGUGGUCUUGAAGAACAUGCUUAUCGGUGUAAACCUGAUCCUGCUGGGAUCCAUGCUCAAGCCUUCCGAGUGUCAACUGGAGGUGACCACAGAAAGGGUCCAGAGACAAACUGUGGAGGAGGAAGGAGGGGCUUCCAGCUACAACACAUCCAGCAAGGAACAGCCUAUGGUCUUCAACCAUGUAUAUAACAUCAACGUCCCACUGGAGAGCCUCUGCUCCUCGGGGCUGGAGGCUUCAGCUGAACAGGAAGUGAGCGCUGAAGAUGAUACUCUGACAGAAUACAUAGGCCAAACCUCAGAUCACGAAAGCCAGGUCACCUUCACCCACAGGAUCAACCUCCCCAAAAAAGCCUGCCCAUGCGCCAGCUCAGCCCAGGUGCUGCAGGAGCUGCUAAGCAGGAUAGAGAUGCUGGAGAGGGAGGUGUCGUUGCUUCGAGACCAGUGCAACACCAACUGCUGUCAGGAAAGCGCUGCCACAGGACAACUGGACUAUGUCCCUCACUGCAGCGGCCAUGGCAACUUUAGCUUUGAGUCGUGUGGCUGCAUCUGCAAUGAAGGCUGGUUCGGCAAGAACUGCUCAGAGCCCUACUGCCCACUGGGCUGCUCCAGUCGGGGGGUGUGUGUCGAUGGCCAGUGCAUUUGCGACAGUGAAUACAGUGGAGAUGACUGCUCUGAGCUGCGCUGCCCGACAGACUGCAGUUCCCGAGGGCUCUGUGUGGACGGGGAAUGUGUCUGUGAAGAGCCCUACACAGGCGAGGACUGCAGGGAGCUGCGGUGCCCCGGGGACUGUUCAGGGAAGGGGCAAUGUGCCAACGGUACCUGCCUGUGCCAAGAGGGCUAUGCUGGUGAGGACUGCAGCCAGCGACGCUGUCUGAAUGCCUGCAGUGGGCGCGGGCACUGCCAGGAGGGACUCUGCAUCUGUGAGGAGGGCUACCAGGGCCCUGACUGCUCAGCAGUUGCCCCUCCAGAGGACUUGCGAGUGGCUGGUAUCAGCGACAGGUCCAUUGAGCUGGAAUGGGACGGGCCGAUGGCAGUGACGGAAUAUGUGAUCUCUUACCAGCCGAUGGCCCUGGGGGGCCUCCAGCUCCAGCAGCGGGUGCCUGGAGAUUGGAGUGGUGUCACCAUCACGGAGCUGGAGCCAGGUCUCACCUACAACAUCAGCGUCUACGCUGUCAUUAGCAACAUCCUCAGCCUUCCCAUCACUGCCAAGGUGGCCACUCAUGUCUCCACUCCUCACGGGCUACAGUUCAAGACAAUCACAGAAACCACCGUGGAGGUGCAAUGGGAGCCCUUCUCAUUCCCGUUCGAUGGGUGGGAGAUCAGCUUCAUUCCAAAGAACAAUGAAGGAGGGGUGAUAGCUCAGCUCCCCAGCGAUGUUACCUCCUUUAACCAGACGGGACUGAAACCUGGAGAGGAGUACAUUGUGAAUGUUGUGGCUCUGAAGGAACAAGCCCGGAGCCCCCCUACCUCUGCCAGCGUCUCCACGGUCAUUGACGGCCCCACACAGAUCCUGGUUCGGGAUGUCUCUGACACUGUGGCCUUUGUGGAGUGGACCCCACCUCGAGCCAAAGUCGACUUCAUUCUCUUAAAAUACGGCUUAGUGGGUGGAGAAGGCGGGAAGACUACCUUCCGGCUGCAGCCUCCCCUAAGCCAGUACUCAGUGCAAGCCCUUAGACCUGGCUCCCGCUAUGAGGUCUCCAUCAGUGCAGUCCGAGGAACCAAUGAAAGCGACGCCACCAGCACCCAAUUUACAACAGAGAUUGAUGCUCCCAAGAAUUUGCGAGUGGGUUCCCGCACAGCAACUAGCCUUGACCUUGAGUGGGAUAACAGCGAGGCAGAAGCUCAGGAGUACAAAGUUGUGUACAGCACCCUAGCGGGUGAGCAGUACCAUGAAGUACUGGUCCCCAAGGGCAUUGGUCCAACUACCAGGACCACCCUCACAAAUCUGGUGCCAGGCACAGAAUAUGGAGUUGGAAUAUCUGCAGUCAUGAACUCAAAACAAAGCAUUCCUGCUACCAUGAACGCCAGGACUGAACUUGACAGUCCCCGAGACCUUAUGGUAACAGCCUCCUCAGAGACCUCUAUCUCUCUCAUCUGGACCAAGGCCAGUGGUCCCAUUGAUCACUACAGAAUUACUUUUACCCCAUCUUCUGGGAUCUCCUCAGAAGUCACUGUGCCUAGGGACAGGACCUCAUAUACGCUGACAGAUCUAGAGCCCGGAGCAGAAUACAUCAUCUCUAUCACUGCUGAGAGGGGUCGGCAGCAGAGCCUGGAGUCCACUGUGGAUGCCUUCACAGGCUUCCGCCCUAUCUCCCAUUUGCACUUUUCUCAUGUGACCUCCUCCAGUGUCAACAUCACCUGGAGUGACCCAUCUCCCCCAGCAGACAGACUCAUUCUGAACUACAGCCCCAGGGAUGAGGAGGAAGAGAUGAUGGAGGUCCUCUUGGAUGCCACCAAGAGGCAUGCUGUCCUGAUGGGUCUACAGCCAGCCACUGAAUAUAUAGUGAACCUUGUAGCUGUCCAUGGGACAGUAACCUCUGAGCCCAUAGUGGGUUCCAUCACUACAGGAAUUGAUCCCCCCAAAAACAUUACAAUUAGCAAUGUGACUAAGGAUUCAGUGAUGGUUUCCUGGAGCUCUCCCGUUGCACCUUUUGAUUACUACCGAGUAUCAUAUCGACCCACACAAGUGGGACGGCUGGACAGCUCUGUGGUGCCCAACACUGUGACAGAGUUCACCAUCACCAGGCUGCAUCCAGCUACUGAAUAUGAAAUAAGUCUCAACAGUGUGCGAGGCAGGGAGGAGAGUGAACGCAUCUGCACCCUCGUACACACAGCCAUGGACAGCCCUGUGGAUCUGGUUGCUACCAACAUCACCCCCACAGAAGUCCUGCUUCAAUGGAAAGCACCCAUUGGUGAAGUGGAGAACUAUGUCAUUGUCCUCACACACUUUGCAAUUGCUGGAGAGACCAUCCUGGUAGAUGGAGUCAACGAAGAAUUCCAGCUUGUUGACCUGCUUCCUAGCACCCACUAUACCGUCACCAUGUAUGCCACCAGUGGGCCACUCAUGAGUGGCACUAUCGCCACCAACUUCUCUACCCUCCUGGAUCCUCCCGCCAACCUGACAGCCAGCGAAGUCACCAGGCAAAGCGCACUGAUCUCCUGGCAGCCACCCAGAGCAGAGAUUGAAAACUAUGUAUUGACAUACAAGUCCACUGACGGAAGCCGCAAGGAGCUGAUUGUGGAUGCUGAGGACACCUGGAUCCGACUGGAGGGCCUGUCAGAGAACACUGACUACACAGUGCUCCUGCAGGCAGCUCAGGAUGCCACACGGAGCAGUCUCACCUCUACUGUCUUCACCACAGGGGGCCGGCUGUUCUCUCACCCUCAAGACUGUGCCCAGCAUUUGAUGAAUGGAGAUACUCUGAGUGGAGUUUACACCAUCUUCCUCAAUGGGGAGCUAAGCCACAAGUUGCAAGUAUACUGUGACAUGACCACAGAUGGAGGCGGCUGGAUUGUAUUCCAGAGGCGGCAAAAUGGCCAAACUGAUUUUUUCCGGAAAUGGGCUGAUUAUCGCGCUGGCUUUGGGAAUCUGGAGGAUGAGUUUUGGCUAGGGCUAGACAACAUCCACAGGAUAACAGCCCAGGGCCGCUACGAGCUGCGUGUCGAUAUGCGGGAUGGACAGGAGGCAGCCUUUGCCUACUACGACAAGUUUGCUGUAGAGGACAGUAGAAGCCUGUACAAGCUCCGCAUAGGAGGCUACAAUGGCACUGCAGGAGACUCCCUCAGCUAUCACCAGGGACGCCCUUUCUCCACCGAGGACAGAGACAAUGAUGUUGCAGUCACCAACUGUGCCAUGUCAUACAAGGGUGCUUGGUGGUAUAAGAACUGCCACCGGACCAACCUCAAUGGGAAAUACGGGGAGUCCAGGCACAGUCAGGGGAUCAACUGGUACCAUUGGAAAGGCCAUGAAUUCUCCAUCCCCUUUGUAGAAAUGAAGAUGAGGCCCUACAACCACCGUCUCACGGCCGGGAGGAAACGGCGAGCCGUGAAAUUCUGAGCACUGGGCAGCCAGCCACCAGCCAGACGAUCUUUUCUGUCAUUUUGUUUGUAUUUUAUAAUAUGAGACAAGGGGGGGAGGGGCAACAGUAAUGUGCUUCACAACAUAUUCAGAGUCUCUGAAGGAAGCAGGGAUCAGUUAGGUACCAUCUGCUCCUCGUUUCUGCUGCCUUGGAGCCUGACCCUCGGGCUACAUGCUCCCUGCUAAUCAGUCCUCUCCCUGCCCACCCCCUCCUUUGUUACAGAGGAGGAAAACUGGGGAGUUUGAAAUACAAUUCACAAACAGGCCAUGAAGUACAGAUUGUUACAGAGACAGGCACACACGCCUUCUUUCUCUACCCUCCUUCUGAGAUACCUUCCAAUUUCUAAGUAAGAGUGAACUGGUCACAGCUCACCAUGGCCAGGGGACCACACCAGCCCAGAGAAGCUUCGGCAAGCAAGCUUGGCCAGUCUCCUUUUAAGAGAGAAGACACCCCCCCACACACACACACACACACUAACACAACAGCUCGAGUUCAUUGAAAUGGGCUAAAGAUUCUCACAUUCUGACAUUUAACUUUCAGGAGGAGUGGCCUCUUCCAGCCCCACCUCUUCCCUAGUUGUAUCCCUACAGACCUACAAACCCAACCAUUGUUUAGAACUCCAGUUGCCAAAGCUGUCUGCCCCUGGCCCUGGGUGUCAUAAGCCACUGUCACGGAAUAAUUUUCUUUGGUGGUGGGACAGGGAGAAGGAGGGUUUUAUUUCUGGCGUGUUUGCAUCAGGCACUGAGAAAGGACGGGAGUAGAAACCAGGGCACCUACCAGGGAGUCUGUAAGUCCCACUGGAAACUGACCUUGCUUAGAGCUGCUUUUUUGCAUUUCUGGUCACAUUUACCAUGGAGUCCUUCCCCGGAUGUCCUAUUUGAAGGUCUCUGGUUCUGUCCUCAGCCAGGCUAUCCUCAGUACAAGUGGCUUCACAGAAAUCAGGGGAAGAAGUUCUAAGACCAUCAGCCAUUCCCCUGACUGAUAACCCUGGGAAGAGAUAGAAUGUUCUGGUCUCUUGUUUGUUUUGAUCCUGUGGUAAGCAGAACCGACCCCUCAAUGAGGUGAGAUCAUGGGAAACACUUUCCAUCCCCCCUUUAUUAUUCUGCUUUGAGAAGAAAGAUGAAAAGUGCCUGAGGAAAUUGCAUUUGGAACUCCAAAGGUGAGAGGAGCGAACUCUCCACCCCCGCAUGAUUUGAUUUUUUAAGCCCUGGGAAACUGGAGGCUAUAGAAGCCAUGACCUUUCAGCUUCUCCACAAAUCAAAAGCCAGCCAGUCUUCCCUGCAGCCUCUGCCCAAACCGUGCCAAGUCUCUCAGCUGAUUUCUCUCUGUCCUCACUCCUCCCUGAGACCCCAGUGUGUCUGCUGUAGGGUCCAUGGUUGCCAUCUGGGGCACCCUAUACCUUUGCCAACCAGUCACAGGAUGGGGAGACAUUUUGUAAUAGAAUCAGCCACCAUCUAACCAGGCUUUGAACCAGAAGCAGCAGUCCUCUUGACUGAUGAUCACAUGUCCAGCAGUGUGACAUUGGAGUCAUCUUGCUGUUUUCUGUAGCUUUCUCCAUCUUUGUGAUAUAGAUCCACUGCCACACCCAAGACCAAACAUGACAAGUGGAGUUUUCAUUUCUUAAUCCAACAUGGACUUCAAACAGCCAAGACAAGGAGGGAUAGAGGAGUCUGCAAGUUAUACGAGAUUUAACGACAUAUAGAGCAAUCAUGCAGAGUGGGAGGUGAGCACACUCAAUAAGGGACUUGAGGGCUGUGAUAUAGGGCCACCUCUGCCACCAUGCCAGCUACAGGACCUUGAUGGGUUUAUUCACUUCUCUGGGCCUCAGGUUCCUCACCCAUCGAAUCGGAGCUUAGACCAAAAGGAUUUCUAACACCCCUUCAGUUUUAACAGCCAAUAAUGCUAAUCUGUGAUAGGAAAAGCAGGAUCAAAGUUGGUCUUGGUGAGCCAUCACAAUUAAGAAAAUGUCAGAAUCUCCAAGGAGGAGAUGGAAGAAGGGAAGGAAAAAAAGGAAGGAGGAAGGAAAUGGAUUCAGAACUCUCUCUCCUUCACACACACACACAGAAAGUGAGAGUGUGUGUGUGUGUGUGAGAGAGAGAGAGAGAGAGAGAGAGAGAGACACCAAUGCCAAAAGAAGUUGAAGCCAUUGCGUCUGUAGAGAGCCAAGGACCUGGGUGUGCCCGUACAGCCCACCUCAUCAAGGGAGCUGAAAUGGAACAAGACUGCAUGUCAUCAGUUCCAGGGAAAAUCAAGAAAUAUCAAUGGAAAUCCAAAACUGCCUUUCACUGGAACUGUUUUAUCCUGUGGAACAUUUUUAUAAAUAGUAUCGGCAGCAUCACCUAGAAUCACUUAAAGGAAUUUUAAAGUAAGGAAGGGACUUCAAAGAUCAGCUCAUCCAACCUUCUGUAAAAGGGUUUAUAGAUCCCUUUUGUUAAGUAGAGGGAGCUCCACCCCAAACUCUAUGUUUUGAAGAGACUAUGCAUUCUACUGUCUUCUCAAGAUCCAUGGCAAGCUUGACUCAAAGCUUCUGAACUUGACUGACUUAACCUCUACGUUGGGCUUCUUAAUGGAUUCUUUUUCAUCUGCUCCUUCCCACACCUGGGUUUGUCCCUGAGGAGGCAGGCAGCAGCACUCAGCACCCAUUCCAAGCACCCAAUUUUCCCGUAAGGGACUCAGAAUGACUUGAAGUGGGCCCUGUCAAGAAUACGGUAUAACUGCAGACACUUUAGAAUACACACUUCCAGGAAAACCCAAGCAACAACAAAAACAGUAACAACCAGUCAUUAGCGACUGCCACAGAUUCACUGCCUACAAUCGAGAGCCGGGCCACUCUCCUCUUCCCUUUUGCAUGCCCUGUUGUCGAUUGUUUCUAGCAUAUUGAAUCCACAUUUUCCCAGGGCUGCUUCUGGAAGGUAAAGAGACUAUGAAGACUCUUCGUCAGGGAUGACAGACCUGUAGAAAGUACUAGCCUUCAGACCAGACUUAAUGGUAACAGGACAGCAAGGUGGUGUUCACAGCACCUAGAUGCCUACAUAACUGCUUAUGAAAAGUAGCAAACGAUGCAGCAUGCUUCUGGCUCUGCAGUAUGCUUCUUCUGGUUCCAGGUGACCUCAGACCAAAUCAGGACCCAGAACUCAUUUAUACGGGAGAUAGAUUUGGAAAAGAACAGCAACAUGGCAGCAGAGAAAUGUGAAGCCAACUUCUACAGCUAGUUAAAUUUCCCCUUCUCCCAGCUAUCAACACCCUAUCUCUAAAGAGGGGAGAUUCACCCCUAAUAUCCUGUUGCCUUUUACUGGAUAGCCAAUCAGCUCCUCAUGGAUAAAAAACUCUCACUUCACAGAUGAACCUGAACUACCAAGGUUGCCUUGCCAGUGAGCAGGAUGCCUAAACAAACUACCUUGAACAUGUUUUUACCUUUAAAAACUGGUGUCAGGACAGAACUAUAGAUUAUGGGACAAGAGGUCAUUACCGAACCUUUUCAAAGAGCUUUUUUCAAAGCAUCGGUUGAGAAAGGUUUGGUGAGUUCCUCUUUGUCCUUUUGUCUGGAGAAAGAAAAGUGGAACCCAUGAGAACAGUGGAUGCACCAAGCGGAGGGCUUGGAAAAGAGCCAUCAGUGACCACAGUUGAAAGUGCUCCUGAGGCAUAGUCUGCCGCUCUUCGCUUCACCCAGGGUUCCUGGAAGGGUGGAGGCACUUCCCCCUUGCUCGCUGAUCACAAAACUCCCACUUGAUCCAAUUCCUUGGUGGUGUUUCUUUUCCUCCGAAGAGGGGGAGUGGAGAUGGUCUGCCACCUCUAUUUACAUCCUACUGUCCACUCUGACAUGUCCAGAGCAAAACUCUGAAAGACUCAAUGCAAUUUCAGUCCUAGAGGAGAUGGGAGAAUACUUAGCUUACCUCAAACUUGCCCAAGCUACAAGAAGAAGUGUGGGAGCCCCAGAGACUAGGCUAUUUAAUGUCUGGGGUUCAGUCUCUCAUCUAUCCUCCCAGAUGGCCUGCUUUCAUUCAGAUAGCAAAGCAGUCAAGCUUCCCCCCUCUGGGGAUACAGGGACAGAGCUGGCUUCUGGCCUGUGGCUUCUGGAUUCUCUUCGUUGGACCACUGGGUCCUCAGAACAAAUUUCUGAAGUGCUUUGACUAACUGUUUUCCUAAGCCUUUGUUUCUUCCAUAGUCCAACUUUCCCAUAUGUGAUAGCAUCUCUACCAAUAAUACUGCAGUAUUUUGGCACUGCCAGGCCAAAUGGGGGCUCACAGAACAAAUGAAAACUACUCCAAUUAAGUAGGGAAACCAGCACCAGUAGGAAGUCACCAGGAUCAGGGAAAGCUCCCGUUUUUUAGAGGAUGUGUUGAUGUAGACUCGGGUCCCUUUGGAAAGAGUGGCUUUGGUUCAUCCUAACUAAAUCCAUGCUGGAUUUAGAUUAAGCCGGUUUUGUCUUCUUCAAGCUCUGAGAAAAUAGCUAGGAAGAAGGAAGAAAAAAAUGUAAGUUAAAUAAAAGAAGCUGAUGGAGUCUUAUAAAACAAAAACAAAUCUUAGAGACGGCCCCACCAUGGAAACACAGAAACCAAACCCGGUGAGCAGUCACGGUGAAGGCAACAGCAUUGGCACUGGCUUCUCGAGUUCUGGCCUCCAGACAAAGUUCCUACAGGUUCCAUCCUUCGCCAGAGACAGGAAGCCACUGGAAGCCUUACUGUGCAGAAGCAAGAAGCAGUGGGGCCUUCUUUGCUGCUCAACCAGUCUUGCCUCAACCUCGCUUUUCCUUUCCCAGUUCACACAGCCUGGUUCAUCAUCGCAAGUAUUUCUGAUUUAUUUUUCAAGGUCACUCCUUGCCUGAAACAUGACUUCACUGCACCUGCAGUGCUUCAUUGUCCAAAUGUCCUUGGCAAACCUCACAGUCUUUGGACAGUGUUAGGUUUUUUUUCCAAACAGGAAAUCCUCCCCCUUCCACAGCUUAAGAAGGCUAUUGCAGAGCAUCCAUUUAACAUAGCCCUUGUUCCUAAGAUCACCUCUAUUAACUUUAUAGAACAGCACUGUAUUAUCUGAGCUGUGAGGCUAGGCUAAUGCUCAAUUUCCAGUUUAGAAAUAUUUAACCCUCUCAAAGAUCCCUAAUGGACACUUUCCUGAGUAUAAUCAUUGGCCACUUGCUCUGGAGGGAAAAAUACAAGAAUCUUUGAGAUCUAGGCACACUAUACUGAGGAAGCCUGGGAUGGGGGUAGUAUUGGGAGCCAGAUACAUGGAUGGGAACUGUUUUCUUCUUGUCAGUAGUUUCACAGCCCCCAGAGAAAUCUAUUGCCUUUAAACAAUCCAUCAUUGAACACUAACAUGCUCAACCCUGUCCCCUAGGCAAAUAUUAAAAAACACUCCUUUGAAGCCAAAGGGAAUUCCUGAAAUCACCUAACACACCCCCCUCGCUUCAUACUCAAGUAAAGCAAGGCAGAAAUGUGCAAGCAGCUUGCCCUAGUUCACGCAGCCAAUGAGGCAUAAAACCAGGGUAGACCUGGUACAAUAUUUUUUUUUCUAUUUUGUCUCUCCUUUAAUAGAGACUGAGAAAAAAUAGUACUUAUUGAUCAGAUUCUGUGCAAAGGCCUUUACAUCAAUUACUUUAUUGAAUUCUCCCCACAAUCCAGAGUCAGUUUUAACCAUUUUACAAAUGAGGGAAAUGGAAGUACAGGAUUGUUAAGUCACAUGCCUGAAGUCACACAGUUUCUGAGGAGAGCCAUCAUCUCUGUCCAAUAUAAACUUCCUUGAUUUUUCUUGUUUGUAAAGCUGCUGUCACAGUGAGCCAUGCAGCCGCCAGCUUGGAUCUCAGUAACAUUCUCAUGGAGGUUUUCUAACUCCAUUCUUCUUUCCUUUUCCUUUUAACAAAUGGGAAUUCUUGCUGUUCCCCCCCCCCCCCACACACACACACACACCUUGCUACACACUCCAGGGACGCCUCAACCCAAGCUGUCAGAAGUAGUAAGAAAUAGCCUGGCAGCAAUUCUCUUUCUGUUUAACUUUUUGAAGAUGGGGCCAGGACACAAAUGCGAUUUCCCACCCGAGUCCAGAGGCAGCAGCCUCCCUCUUUUCUAACACAGACCCCUUCUCAAACUAAAGCAAGAGACAGAACCAGGAUCAAGGAAGCGGGGAUCACAGGUUAACACAGUGUGAGUUCCUGGGGUGUCAGUUUGAGCCUGGAAUUUGUAAGGAGUUAUGAGUGUGUUCAAACAAACUGCAGACAGCAGCAGAAGCAAACACCCUAUGAAUGUGUGGGCUGAGAUCAGCGGGGUGCGGGCAAAAUACACACAACCCCCUCCCAGACUCCAGGACUCCCUGAAGGAACACAUCAGAGGACAUUUGUGAAGGCUGGAGCUACAAGGAGACAGGAGGGAAGUUCUGUGUAUUUAUUCUCAUUUCUUUCUCCUGCUCUUUACCUGUCUCUUACCCCCAGUGAAUGAGAAGCCUGGGAGAACGAUUUGCUACAUCCCUGACUAACUUUGCGACUUUUUUGGAGGACGAUUUAGAAAAAUAUCAGAAACUUGGUGGUUUCACCUAUCAGGCAAAAACUCCAACACUGAACCCCUUUUCCCCUCCAGAUCUCCCCAAGAGGGAACUCAGGUCCCCUCAGAGUGGUGGCUCUUUGGGGUGGCACUUCAGACAUGCAUUAGAUACAGAAAGCACUGCAUUUCCUGCAGAAACAUCCUCCAAGGGAGUAAUCCUAUCUAGCUUCUUUAUCCCUUUCAAGGCCUAGGGCCACUGUGGGGACUCACAAACAAGGGUCAGAAUCUAUUCCCUCCUGCCUCUCCUUAACAUACAUGCACUUCCCUGCUGUAUUCACACACACAAAUUAUUCCAACCUUCCAACCCCAAGUACCCUCAAGCUGUAGGAAUUCCCAGGUGCCCUAAACAAGUCACUGUGACUCUGAGGGACAUUAGCUAGGGCUCCAAGCAGAUGAAACUCAACCUGGUGGUCUCUCGGUUGUCAUCCUGAGAAAUCAUAAGCACCAAAUCCUCCAAUCCCUCCGAAUUUGAAUUUGUGGUCUUAACCUUUAAUAGCCUUUUAAGGUAAAAAUAACAAAGACCAAUUUACUGACUUUGUAGCUACACUGUACUUGAAAAGGCUCUUACUUAAAAGAAAGGCCAAAAGGAAGAAAAGGGUUAUAUGAAUAUGCUCAUUGGGCGAUGUACACUCUGAUGAACUAAAGUAAGAAGCUAGAGAGGAAGGAAGAGGGAGAGCCAGCUUGUCCCAUCCUUUCAUGACACCGUAGCUCAAAGACUGGAAUCUGCUUGUUAACCAUUGUUAACUAGUAUUUUUAGUCCCGGUUGCUUUUAGCCUCUGUAUAGUUCCUUUUUUAAACACAUUUUCUAUACGUUAAUAAAAGAUCCUGAAGGAAA